AACCCAGGAGGCAGAGGUUGCAGUGAGCCGAGAUGGCGCCACUGCACUCCAGCUUGGGCAACAGAGCUAGACUUCGUCUAGACAAAAAAUAAAAAAUUAAAAAUUAAAAGAGAUCAUAAAAUAUGUAUAAAAAUCUAGAAUGGUCAAAAAGACAAAUUUGAUGGACUUUAUUUUUGUUAUUAUUUUUUUUUUUGAGACAAAGUCUCCUUCUGUCGCCCAGGCUAGGGUGCAGUGGCAGGAUCUCGACUCACUGCAACCUCAGCCCCCCGGGUUCAAGGAAUUCUGCUGCCUCAGCCUCCCGGGAAGCUGGGGUUACAGGCGCGCGCCACCAUGCCCAGCUAAUUUUUUUUCUUUUAUUUUUUUGAGACGGAAUUUUACUCUUGUUGUCCGGGCUGGAGUGUAAUGACGUGAUCCACGCUCACUGCAGCCUCCACCUCCCGGGUUCAAGCAGUUCUCCUGCCUCAGCCUCCCGAGAAGCUGGGAUUACAGGCACGUGCCACUACGCCCAGCUAAUUUUGUAUUUUUAGUAGAGAUGAGGUUUCACCAUGAUAGGCUGGUCUCGAACACCUGACCUCAUGUGAUCCGCCCGCCUCGGCCAUCGAAAGUGCUGGGAUUACCGGCAUAAGCCACCGCGCCCAGCUGAUGGAUUUACUUAUAAUGGUUUAUCAAAUUAGCUUUAGUACUGAUAAUACAUUAUUACUAAACUAAAAGUUGAUUUUUUCUUGAACAAAAAUUUUAUGUAUUAUUAAUAUACAUAAAAUAUGUUUGUUCACAUUUCGAAUACAUUGAAAAAGAGAGAGGGCAAAAAAGAUACAGAAUUUUCCCAUGCUCUGGGGUGGGCCUGGCUCAGCUCAGGGAGGAAGCCCUGCCCCAUAAGGCUGCAGCUUAGGCUGUCACUCUUUCUUCAGCCUAGGGUGUGAUCACAUCUUCUAUCACUCAGGGUCUGAGUAGGCGGGGCCUUAAACGUUAUCCAACUAGGGACGUUGGGCUGGGAACUGUCCAAUCAGGCACACAGCUGGACUGGACAAGGCGGCUUCCGGGAUAUGGCGGGGUCUUUGUCUCUCGCUGUUGCCGGAGCUCCAGGUCUGUCUUCACUGCUCUGUGUCCUCUGCGCCUAGAGGCCCAGCGUCUGUGGCGCUGUUACCAGCAGGUAUUGGAGAUCCACAGCUAAGAUACCAGGACCCCCUAGAAGCCUAGAAAUGGAACUGUUGACAUUUAGGGAUGUGGCCAUAGAAUUCUCUCUGGAGGAGUGGCAACACCUGGACGUUGCACAGCAGAAUUUAUAUAGAAAUGUGAUGUUAGAGAACUACAGAAACCUGGCCUUCCUGGGUAUUGCUGUCUCUAAGCCAGACUUGAUCACCUGUCUGGAGCAAGGGAAAAAGCCUUGGAAUAUGAAGCGACAUGAGAUGGUGGAUGAACCCCCAGGUAGGUGAGAGUGAAUACAACAGAUGACAUGGAUGAGAGGUCCAAAGUCAAGAAGAAAGCCGCUCUUUAAAGUGAUUUAGGAAGGUGUGUUCCAAAGGAAAUAGUUUCUGGGAAGCCUAAAUCUUUUUUUAAAUUAUACUCUCACAUAGGGGCAUCUUCUGCUUAUGCCUGUAAAAUCUAAGAAUUCUACUUUCCCUUCAGUGAUCUUCCUUCAAGUUUACAGUGACAGCCGAAGUACUGUUCAUGGCAUACAAAAGAGUGUACAAUCUGACUUCUUUUUUCUUGUUUUGUGGACAGGCAGAUCUAUCUCCAUAAUUUUGAGAUACUCUAUGUUAAACUGUUUUUUAAGUUCUCUUUUUGCAUCAUGUCUGAAAUGUGUGAGAGUAGUAGUUUCUGUUCUAUUGAGUUUUUUCUUUUUGGUUUAUUUUUCUGCACAUUUCAUCCUGUUUUCAUUACUAUAGUCUUGAAAUAUAGUUUGAAAGCAUAAAGUAGGAUGUCCUUCUGCUUUGUUCUUUUUCCUCAAGAUUGCUUUGGCUAUUCAGUUUAUUGUAGUUUCACGUACAUUUUAGGAUUGCAUUUUUCAUUACUGUGAAGAAAAACACUGGAAUUUUGAUAAGGAAUUCAUUGAAUCUACAGGUCA